AUGGCGGAUCAGGACGCCGCCGAGCCGGGCCCGCCGUCGUGGCCCCCCUGGACCUCCCUCCUGCUCCGCGCCAUGAGCAAGCGCCGCACCUGGGCGUUCCUCUUCCUCGCCGUCUACGCCGCGCUGCUCUCCUCCUCCUGGAGCCUGCUGGCGUCCGUGCGCGCCUGGUACUACGCCGCGUCCGCGGGCGCGGGCGCGGCCGCGCGCCCGGCCGCGUGGCCCGCCGCGCUCUACGCCUCCGUCAUGUACGGCGCCGUCUUCGGGCUGCUGUCCAUGGGCGCCGCCCUGGCCGUCGCCGCGCCCGCCAUGCUCGUCACCUGGAUCACCGUGCUCGUGCUGCUGGCCUUCGCCGGCAAGCCCAGGCGGUCGCUGGUCGCCGAGGCGAGGCGCGCCACGGCCGACAUCGCGCGCCUCGCGCUCCGCGUGCUGCUCUGCGAGGGCAACGCCGUCGCCGCCGUCUGCGCCGCCGCCAGCUUCGCCGCCCUCCUCUUCGGCCGCCGCGACGACGCCGGCGCCGAAGCCGGGCGGCGGCUGAUCUGAAGGCUUUUCGAGCUCCUUUCACGCCCUUUUUAUUUGUUUCUAAUUUCAUUUGUAGUCUGUAUACCGACAGUUUGAGGGUUUCAUUCUUGGCAAUGGAAGUUCUUGUUUCUGUAA